GUAUUGUCCAUCUCGUAACAGACACUGUAGCCUCAGUCGAGAAUCACUCAGAUUCACUAUCCACUGGUGAACAGGCGGAUCCAGCCAUAGCCAAACCAAGCAUCGUAACAACCAGUGAUACGGUCAGUGCAAACACAAAGAUGGCACCCAGCGACUCGGAAAAAUCGGGGAUACCAGCCUCAGACAAGAAUAUUGCCAUUGCUACUGGCUCAAAGACGACUCAAGAUCCAGCUCAGAAGUCUAUUACACCAACUACUGUCCUGAUGAAGACCGAAACCAAAAGCAGCCAGGAUGGACUUAAAACUGCACCUGGAACGAAAGUCCAAAGUAGUCCCAGUGUUACUGCGAGCAUGACCACGCAGGGAGGUCGCACGGACCUCCAAUCUACACAACAUCUGAGUAGCUCCACAGACAACAGUCCUGCCCUUUCUUCCUUGACCACCCCAGCGAGCACACAACAGCUGACUCCAGGCUCUCCCAAGGGACCAGACCAAAUGACGACAGCUUCAAGUAGUUCAGGCACAACGGCAGGUUACACCUUCACCCCUUCACAUCCGAGGACGGCUACCACACUGAGAUCAUCGAUUACCUCGCAAGAUCUGCCGACCCCCAGCAAGAUGCCAGCCAUCACUGGGAACCAUUCCUCCACCCCGGGGACCCCUUCCUCCAUCCCUGGGAUAGCGACUUCUUUGUCCAACACUCUGCAGCCUACGUCUUCAUCGGGACCUGUGGCCACAUCUUCUGGCGGAACCACAAGCUUCCGUACUCAGUUGGCUCCAACUGCCCCCCAAGACUCCAACAUCUCUACUCCCCCCUCGGUUUUCGAGGAUGACAGGAUAACCUGCACGAAGACCGACCGAAGUCUGAACGAGUCGAUGCUCAUCUUGAACCUCACGAAAACCGUCCACUGCGCGGGGAGCCCUCUGGAUGACAAACUGGUCACACUUCUGUGCCGAGCGGCUAAAUCUGCCUUGAACCCAACUCAAGACCAGUGCCACAUACAUCUGAUAGUCAGUUCAGAAGGCCAGGCAGUGGCAGUCGAAGAGAUCACUAUUCGAACAAAACUCGUUCUUAAGGACGUAUAUGAAUCGCUGAAAGACAAAUGGGAUGACCUGAAGGAGAUGGGAGUCAAUGACAUGAAGCUUGAGGGUCAAGGACCACCAGAUGAGACUGAGGACCGGUUCAGCAAAAAUAUUGUCUGCAUGGCAUCCUUUCUGCUCCUCGUGGCGGCCCUCUAUGGCUGCUGCCACCAGCGCCUCUCCCAGAGGAAGGACCAGCAACGACUAACGGAGGAGCUGCAGACCGUGGAGAAUGGUUACCAUGACAACCCAACACUGGAAGUGAUGGAGACCUCAUCAGAGAUGCAGGAGAAAAAGGUGGUCAACCUUAACGGGGAGCUGGGAGACAGCUGGAUCGUCCCCCUGGACAACCUGACCAAGGAUGACCUAGAUGAGGAGGAAGACACACACCUCUAAUCCGGUCUGCUGGCGGCCUCCGACGGUGCCACAGAGCUCCAGACCGGACCACCUCAAGUGCCAUUGGGACAGGGGAGGAAAGUCCUUCCCAUUUGAGGGAAAGACUGGGGAGGGAGCAGACUUGGAGGGUUCCCUCCUCCUAAUCCCGCAAAGGGCCUUAAUUUUUCUCUUUCAAACUGAACAAAUCAUAUCCUGUCUAGAUUCCUCUUGUAAAAUAACCUACUAGUGCCUGAGCUCAGUGCUGCUGGAAGAUGAGAGAGAGGAAGGGAAACCAAGAGUGAGCCAUACUGGGGACGUAGAGAUCAGCUAGUCGAAUCCCUUCAUUUCACAGAUGAGAUGACUGAAGCCCGAAGAGGGUAAAGUCAAGGGUGACACAGCCACUUGGUGACAGAGUCAGGAUGAAAACAGAUUCCUUCCUGCAGGCCAGUGCUCGUUCCACCCUGCCACACUGCUGCGAUCCCUCGUGCCCUCCCUCCAGAGCUGCCCCGGGCUGGGGGUGGAGCUGCCAGAUGAUGGAUGGGACAGAAGGGAGAGCAGCGGGGCCCGAUCCUGCCUCAGCGGGAUCUGGUUCCUUGAAAGCAUAGGUCCCAGUUCUGUCUCCUACCCCAGCCUCGUCUGCCAUUGUUCUCGUCCCCUUUGUUCUUCCCCUUCCAUUCACUCGAUUUUUAUUCCCAUUCUGCCCCAGGAUCUUGAGACUAACACAGGUCAUUCAUGACCUUGAACCCCUUGUCUGGAUUCUGGUUUCCUGCCAUUUGCUUAGUGAGACUGGGACUUGGACCACACGAGACUCCCAGCGUGAACGAGGUCUGCUUAGGGGUCCGUCUACAGGUGGAGAGCUGGGGAAGCCCUUCCUCCCCGGGUGUGUCCUGGCCCAUCACCCAAGGGACUCCCUGAAGAGGCUUCCCAAGUGUUCCAUUGGCCUCUCUUCCCCACCAGGGGCUAAAUUCCACAGCUAAUGAAGGCAAAGGGUUCCUAUACUGUUGUUCACUGCUCAGCCAACGGGGGUGAAAAUCCCAGCUAGGAAACCCCAAGAUUAGCGCGAAUGGGCGGCAUUCGGACAGACUUUCCCAGGGCCCCAGUCAGCAGAGAGGGCGUCUUGACAGACAAUCGAAGGAAGGCCGGGGAGGCUAGGCUCUUCUAUUUCAUAGGAAACUCAGGGACUUUUCAAGUUGCUGAGAGUUUUGUUAUGUUUUCUAACCCAGCCCUCUACUGCCUAAGGCCAAAGCUCAAAUUGUAGAGACUUUCAGUGAGCUAAACUCACUGAUUAGAGUCUCCUGUGCCAUAGGGCAAGAGAGGCCUAGAACAUGAGGUGCAUUUUAAGGUGCAUAACGGGCAGCCCGGGGGCAUGGCCGUCUGUCUGUUCUCGGUAACCCCUCACUGUCCUGGCAUGGAGCCAUGUCCUCUUCUCUGUAGUCCUAGUGGGGCUGCCCUGUUGUCCUGCAGUUUCUGGUAGCAUCUCAGGGAAAUAAAAUACUAUCUGUUCCUCAGUAGAGGAGAUCUGAGGGGCUCAGCAGUUAGCCACCAUGUAGGAAGACUAGGCGUGGUGAGGUUUAAUCUGAUUUUCUGACGAGAGAAUCCUGUGUGGGAUUUUGAACUUUGCCCAUGGUCACUAUUGUUCCUGGGCGUAAGAUCCCUGGAAUUAACUAGGAAGAUGGGCAGCACUGCUUAGGAGAGUGAAAACUGUCAUUUCGGGCCAAGAGUCAGAACCCCAGAAUGCAGAGGGAUGGUUCUGAUGACAUAGGCUCUCAGAUUUGGGAUAGAUUCUUUUAUUAAAAGGGGAGGAGUUUAAGGGGAAGAUCUGUGUCCCUCCGUGGCUGCCUGAUUCCUUCUUCAUAGCUUCUCGCCCGUUGGCUUUGGGGUUCAAGUAGGGGCCCCAGUGAAUUUCUCAAGAGUUAGAGAGAUACAAAGCUAACAAGGAUCCAAAAGCAUUCGCCCUGGUUCUCUAGCAUGUGGAGGUUGGCAGGAUGGAGAACAGUGCCAGUUUGGGGGAAAAGGAAGGAUAUCUUGUCAUGUUGGGAAAAGAUCUGGUCACUUCCUUCCUGUCCCGUAUUUGGUUCUUUCUAUCAUGGUGUCUGUGGGAAAGGCCAGGCCGGAUUACGGCUCCUAUGCUGAUUCUGCGUAACAUUUCACCAGCCAGGCCUUGAGACCGAGGUAGCAAAUAUGCCUCUGCAAACUGAUCAAAGGUCGCAACCUGUAGGCCUCUUGGGGAGAUAGACAAUGCCUGGAAUGACUGUGGCUCUAAGGAGACCUCUGAGAAGCACUGGGCUGGUUCAGAGGUUCCUUCUUGAGGUCCAUCCACAUUGUGUUACUCUAGCUUUUUAGGGCAACUUCAGAAUCCAAUACCUUGCCUCGGCUUGUUCUUGCCACUAGACAUCUAUGUCAAAGGCCACAGAGCCAUGCAUCUGCAAAGGACAUCUUCUUCCCAUCUUUCUACUGGUUUCUAAAUGCUGUCAGGUAAUUCAGAUUCUGGGGCUGAGAAGAGAGAAGAGGAAUACCGGCCACUCAGCAUGACUUUGAACAAGUUAUACCAAAGAGAUGAUAAACUCUUUACUUCAGUGACACACUGGUUUUCCUAAGCUGCACAAAAGGCUAGAAACCAUGCCUCUGAUGACUGGACAAAAUCCAGUGGGAAACAUGCUGUCAUAAGCGGGGGGAGAAGCAGCAAUGCUUACGAAGGAGGCACAGAAAUAUGCUUUGCAUCGUAAGACAGGAUACGGGUUUAAUCUAGACACAAGGUUCUUUUUCCCCCCUUUGGUAAGGAAAGUUGGCAGAAAGUUCAUUUAAACCACUUCCAAGAUUUAUCCUUUUUGACAAUAUGCUGGAGAAACUUUGAAAAAUAAGUUCGAGCUGAUACAUAUAUACGUAUUUUUUGAUAAUGUAAAUAAAAGUCACAUAUUAAUCCACCCUGUACUGCUUUAAGUGAAUAUACUUUGGAAAAACAUUUGUUAGCUAAGAGAGAUGGCUUUAAAAACAAAAACAAAACAGGAAUGUAAAUGUCUAUUUUACUAGAAAUGACAAGUUUUUUUAUUUUUCUUUAAUGAAAAACGAAAUUUAAGAUAGGCUGAUGACAAAGUAUUUGUCUUGAGUAAUGGGCAUUUUUAAGUAUGAUCCUCAUCCUUCCCCGGCAAAGUCCCAGCCUAUUAUAGUAAGGGUUGGAGUCAGUAUACACUCAUUGGAAAGUGACAUUCUAGUCAUAGGGAGAGGGUGUUAGAGACCUAGUCCAAUAUUUUUCUUUAAAGAGAAAACCUGAAGCCCAGAAAGAUAAGUGACUUGGCCAAAAUCAUGUGGUUAGCGACAGAAACCGGAUUAAAACAUGUGCUGGAAGACUGUCCAGUGUCGUGUGCCUCAGAACCAAAUUAAAGACAGGCACCAGAAUGACACAGAGGGCUGAAUUCCCUUCUCAAAUCCUAUCUUGCAGCAAGGCUAGGGAGGGCAUGAAGACAAAAACAGAAACCUUACUGGUCUUCCACAUUCUGAGUUAUUUAGGUCUAAGACUUAAAUGAACAAUUCUGUUGGGGGAAAAAGAAAGUUUUGAAUGAGCUUUUAUAUGAUCUGCUACUAGCAGGACUAAGGAUCCAGAGGAACAAGACAGGGGAAGGCAGAGGGACAAGAGUAAAGCAAAGGCAUCUCUUUCAUCAUUGUCACCAGCUGAUUCACUGAGGUUUGGUGAAAACCCAACACUGGGUGAAAGAAGGCGAUUAUCACUUGAUGUGGGUCUUUUCUGUUAUUCGUGAAUUUUAAGCAGUUUGCCCAGGAGACUGGGGUGGGGGGGGGCGGGGGGGGCAUAUGUCUUAGUGGACAGGGGUCUGAAGUACACUGGAAUUUACUGAGAAACUUCUUUGUAAAGACUAUACUUAAUUAUUGCCAUUUUUCUUACAAAAAUAUAUUUUGGAAAAUUGUAUACUGUCCAUUAAAGUGCUUUUGUGUAAGCUGGCUCGA